AACACGCAGCAGGAAGCACAGGCACUAGUCAUCAGAUGCUUCGAACAACUCCCACUCCAACUUGACUCUUGAAUGAUAAUCAGGAUGAUUAUUAAUAACAACAAAAGUUCACUGGCAAGUCAAGGACUCGGAAGACCUAUAAAAGGCAGAAGCUCCUAAGAGCCUUCUCCCUGCUCGGUCAAUACCCAACCGGAGCGUCGAAAUAGUGAUGAAAUAGCGACAAGAAAAUUUCAAUUUCACGUGGAGACGUGGAAGCGCCGUGCAUGCGCAUCUCCCACAAGAAAAGGUAAGCAAAAUUUCCAAUAACCACCAUGAUCAGUGGGAGGGUCUGUCAGUCGAGCCGACAGCUUUAGAGGGCCGGAACCCCGCGAUUAGUACUAAUAGUAAGAACUGCCAGUGCCUGACUUAGUUGGAUGGCCAAUGUCAUGCCCGUCGUCAAGUCCGUGACACCGUGACCGCGACCGUCACGGGCGGCCCGAGUGACCGGACUCGGACCCUGAACUUGACUUGCCGGAGUCACGGUCCGACGGUCCGAGUCGCCGCCGAACUUGAACAUACUAUCACGGCCCAUGGGGGGUACACCAAGCUUGCAAGGUGAUUUUGGUGUGCCCCCGAGUGUUCGGGGGUAGCACCAGGUGUGGGACUAGUUAUUCCCAUCCUGGUCUAAAGAUCCAGCUGUAUAUCUUCCUUAUAUCUUCCUUUUCGCGGUCGUAAGCGCUAUGCGAAAGUGAGUUAGGGACACGAAAAGGGAAUGACCUUCUUUUCCUUCUAGGUACAGACUUGUUGCGAAGAAAGGCGAGGGUACUUUUAGUGAGGUUUUGAAAGCUCAAAAUGUGAAAGAUGGGAAGUAUCACGCAAUCAAAUGCAUGAAAAAUCACUUUGAUUCGAUCGAUCAAGUUAGUUCGUCCGUAUCUAAAAUAAUUAUAUGAGCGCCCAUCAGGUAAACAAUCUUCGAGAGAUCCAAGCGUUGCGCAGGUUAUCUCCACAUGGGCACAUUAUAACACUAGAAGAAGUCCUCUACGAUCAACCAACAGGGCGUUUGGCACUUGUGUUUGAGCUUAUGGACGCCAACUUGUAUGAACUAAUUCGCGGUCGGCGUCACUAUUUGAACGCGCAGCUGAUCCAAUCUUACAUGCAUCAGCUUUUAAUGGCCUUGGAUCAUAUGCAUCGCAAAGGAAUUUUUCAUCGCGAUAUUAAACCAGAAAAUAUCCUGAUUGAAAAUAAAAGUGAUGUCAACAAAGGACUUAAGCUGGCUGAUUUUGGAUCUUGCCGUGGGAUAUACUCAAAGCAACCUUACACUGAGUAUAUUUCCACCCGGUGGUAUCGUGCGCCAGAGUGUUUGCUCACAGAUGGCUAUUAUGGCCCUGAAAUGGAUUUGUGGGGUGCCGGAUGUGUGUUUUUUGAAAUUACUUCGCUUUAUCCGUUGUUUCCAGGAACGAACGAGCUCGACCAAAUUAAUCGUAUUCACAAAGUCCUUGGAACUCCUGACCCACAUCUUAUAAGUAAGUUCAAGCAAAAUGGUGCCGCCCACGUGAACUUUGACUUCCCUCCUCAAGCUGGGAUUGGCAUUGCACAGUUGAUAAAACACGCCACUUUAGACUGCGUGGAGCUUAUGAUGAAGAUGCUCGUGCACGACGCCUCGGAGCGUAUUUCUGCACGCGAAGCAUUGCGGCACACAUAUUUUAUUGCAGCACGCGAAUAUGAGACUCGAAGACAAAUUUCCAUGCAAGCAAUUGACCACAGCGCAGCAACUCUGGAGAGAGAUGGUCUUCCUUUGCCUAAGGGAUUGCCCACUAUUACCGGCAACGUGGCUCACGCCCCCGCGAAGGACGUAGGUAAGAAAGUGAUGAAGGGCAUGCAUCAGAGCUCUGUUACUCGGGUGGGUGGACAGACAAAAUACUCGGUCAAGGACACGCACAUUGAUGACAUGGAGGGCCCGGGAAGUCUACCACCUAUCAUGGGAGUCAUGGGAAAUAAUAAAAUGCAGCAAUCUUAUAAACACCAAACACUGGAUAAGAAAAAUGGAACUAAGAGAAAGAAAAGACUGAGGUCGUUUGAGAGCAAACACAUGUACAAUGCAUCCAGUUAUGCCCAAGGGAAUGCAAGUAGAAACUACGUUGGUGCUGGCAUCUUGGCACAGCAAGGUUCAAAUCAAAACAAAUCAUCGAGUCAUUUUAGCUUUUCGUCACAAUCAAAGGCUAGUUACAUGCACGUGCCUUGUUCAAAUGCUGGUCGCCAGCCACAUCUUCAAACCCGCUUCAAGAAGAAAACCUAGUUCGGCAUGUAGCUUCGCUAUGCUUCAAUUGGUAGUUUGAAAUUUGCCACACGCCCUGGGCUGGAUCUUGUCGGCAGCUUGGGACUGACCCCCCCCCCCCGGCGGGGUCCGGCCCGGCGGACACAUCCAUGGGCGGGCCCACACUGCCGGGGCCGCAGAGAGGACACGGGGCGGAUCACCGAACCCCAAAUUUGCCGUAUCUCUAUAACUAGACGUCUUGGCCGGUGCCGCCAAAUUGAGCCAGAGGGGCCUUCUACCCCUCUAGGACGUGACUGAGACGGGUAAGCGAAACGAUUAGGUUUGGAGAUUUUAAUGGCCUACGAAGGUCGCGCCAAGUGAGAUCGCCAGUGCCAGUGGCGUUUCGUGCCGCGUCAGGCGACCUAUGUGGCAGCCCAUCGGUUACCCGGCCGCGCCUACGCAUCCAACCCACGCCAUAGGUACCGGAGCCCCCCUGGGGGACCAAAUUACCAGCAUAGAGACGAGUUUUUAUUUUUCAGUCCAGAGGUCCCUGAAAUACCCGCACGUUAGGCCCCAGAUGCAACCCCCGGGGGGUACUAAUAUAUACUGGGGGGGUCACCCAGGCAGCUAGCAGGUUAGACUUUAGUCCGCUUUAGCGUUGGCGUCCGUGCGGCUGCCCAUGCGGCUGCCGGCGGCAGUGCGCGGUGCGUGUGGGCGUCCGAGCACCCAAGCGGCCCUCGGCAACUUCAAGUUUCUUCAAGUUUUUGCGCGCAGGUGCAAAAUUGGCCGUGAAUGACGGCAAAAAGUUUAGCAAUUUUAGUCGCCGCGCGAAAAUCGAAGCCUCCACGCGACACGUCUCUUUCAGUGCUCUCUCCACCCCUCCCGCGGUCCCGGAACGAGUAAAAAAUUUUACUUUAUAAAAAGUACCAUAUACGCGCGAUGGUGUGCACACAGCCUUAACGCAGCCGUUGAGCGUCGUCGCGCCGCGAGGCAGCCUCUCAUACCCCACCGACCAGCGCUCGUCUUUGGUUCCAGCGAAAACCGCCGGGAAGUGAGCCGUAGUGCCCCCGUUCGCGACCGUGUUGGAAACGAAUGGGUGCGCGAUGCCUUCGGUGAAUCUUCAACAUUAUUCACUAAAUCGGCCGUUUGAGUGGGUCCCAACGCAAAACGCCAAUAAUGUUGAGGAUUCACCUACGGGCCGCCGGAUGGGAGUAAAUCGCGAUUUUACGGCAUGGGAAUUUUGGGAUUGGCUGCACUUCCCGCCGGCCGUUUUCGCUAAAACUCGGCGUCCGAGGAGCUCAUAUGGGCGUGCCUACGGUCGCCGAGUCUCAGCUGCAGCGGCCAUCGGGAAGCGGAGUUGCCUCGCUCACUGGGGACCGGACGAUACUCUAACCGGCCGAAAACAGCCGAGACACCCCCCGUUGUACUUAGUACCCCUUGCCAGAUGGGCAACUUCGCGACCGCGUCUCGCCGCGAAAGUGACCCCUUCCCCCCAGCCCGGUCUCGGGGCGUACAAAGGGACUCUUCGGGGCCCCGCAGCCAAAAUCGCCCCCGGCCAAGUGGCUGGGAACUCGAAUC